AUGAUGCCGAGGAGUGCUUCUUCGGAGCAGGGAUCGCCACAGCCCUCGGACACUGCAAACGCAGAGACCAGGCCCUCACCCGAUGGCAGCCGCAUGCUACGGCUACAAAUCGUUGAUGGCACAGGCCAGGAAAGACGAGUUGACAUCCAUGUUGAUCCCACCACCACGGUGGCUCAGCUCAAGGACGGCAACUACCUGGGCGUCGACUUUGCAGUCGGCUGGCGGUUACGCUGCGUUUUCCGUGGCCGCCUGCUGAGCGAGAUGGAGCCGCUGGGGAGAUUGCCAAGCGGUGCCUUCCUGCAGUGCUACCUGCAGCGACCUUCUACAGUCGAGAGCGCAGACGGGCUUGAGCUCGACCCGCUCCUAGUUGCUUGGGCCAGGCUCGCUGGUGUUGGUCGGAAUUCCUUCCCGCCUGAAAAGUGGCAGGAUGUGGUCUUCCACUGUGCAUUUAUCAUCGGCCUGGCCGUCGCUUGGUCGGCGUACCUGGGAAGCCCUGAUGUCUUUGAUGGCUUCGGGCGUCUGGCUCUGCGCUUCCUCACAAUCUCCUGGGCCAGCUUCUUAGAUGUGCUUGCCGCAACCAGUGGCUAG